UCUGUCUUCCUCCCCUCGCCUUUGUAUACUUUUUGCAAUUUUUAUUUUGAUAAUAGAGAAAAGAAAAAUCCUCUCUCUCAGCAGCAGCAGCUGCUCUUCAAACCCUAACGACGAAGAGCCAGUCUCUAUCGGAGGACGCGUGUCUGAGGUUUCUCCUUGUAAUCGGAAAGUAAUCUCCGCCGCGGAUUUAGUCUUCGCUGACGAUCCCUCCUCCACGAUGUCCAUCCAUUGCUUUUGAUUUAGGUCAUCGGAGCUGAAUCCGUUUUAUUUUUCUUUUUCCUUUUUUUUUGAUUGUGAAGAAGAGCAACGUUGCAGUCAUCUCGAGACAACCUAGGUUUUGUAUGAGAGACGAGAAGAAGCUCUCUGCAUUAUUAAUCCAAGUGAAUCGAUGGAGCUUUCUUCUCCAAAGGAACGCGUUUUAUCUUCAUCUGAUUGUAUGAGUGACCCUGAGGAGGAGGAGGAGCACGAGAUCAGUGAGGAUGAGGAUGACGAUCGCAACCAUAAGCACCGUAGGAAAGAAGAAGAGACGAGGUCUCAGUCUCAGUCUCUGGAGCAAGGCUCUUCAGAUCAUCAGGCUAGGCCCUACAGGAAAAACUAUAGACAUUCUGGAAACGGUGAACAUGAGAAGCGGUCUAUGGGGGGAGGAGGGUCGUCAGCGCAACGUGUACAGUUUGAUAAUCAGAGAGCAAGGUCGAAUCCAAUGUUUUCGAGGGACUCUGGUCAUGGUAGAGGAGGUAGAGGCAACUACGGUUCUUGGGCUCCUCAGCGUGAUUCCAGGUUUAAUCCUGUUGAUCUCUCGUCUCAUAUGGUUCCCAACAUGUUUGGAGGAAGGGGAUUAGGUGGUGUUCCAGCUGCUCAGAGCGCGCCGUGGCCUGCUUUUGGAAUGAUUAAUGGAGUUCCAAAUGGUGGCUUGGAUGCUUUCCAUCACAUGCAAGGGCCUCUAAGACCGCCGUUAAAUGCUUCACUCAACAUGGGUAUUGCUAGGCAGCGAUGCAGAGACUUUGAGGAGCGUGGUUUCUGCCUUAGAGGGGAUAUGUGUCCCAUGGAGCAUGGAAUUAAUCGUAUUGUUGUUGACGAUGUUCAGAGUCUAUCACAGUUCAACCUUCCCGUUUCUGGCCCUGGUGCACCUCAUAUGGCAGCUUCUUCUAAACCAGUGCCUGCACAGUUUGGGACUGCUAAUUUCAUGAAUACUAAAGGAGCUCAUGGGAAGACUAAUGAGGGUGGAAUAGCUGUUGAUGGUAUGGGUUAUGGUGAUGCAUAUCCUAGUGCAGGUGGAACUGAUUUUUACGAUCCUGAUCAACCUUUGUGGAAUAACAGUGCUGGUGAAACGUCAGGGGCAUUGCCUGCACUAAGUUCUCAUGGGAUUGAUGAGAAUGUAGCUCCUCUGGAUGACAAUAACCAAGAUGGCCCUGAAAAUGCGGGUGGUAUUAGAGACUCAAGAAGCAAAAGUCAACCGGUAUGGGGAAGAACGCACGGUUUUGAAGAUCAACUGAAAGAGGCUUCAGUUAAUUCAUCACGCCAUGGUAAACAAAACCACGUUGGUGAAAGUGUCACAAAAGUUGUUGGUUCAUCAAAUGCUUCAAGUGAUGCGAUGAACAAUACAAGAAAACCAAUGCAAAAGGCAAUGCGGACUCUAUUUGUCAAUGGUGUUCCCCACGAGAUCAACAGAAAGGACCUCAUUCUUGCCCAUUUUCAGAAAUUUGGGAAAGUUAUUGACAUUCGCAUCCCAAUUAACACUGAACGGGCAUUUGUUCAGUUCUCAAAACGCGAAGAGGCUGAAUCUGCUCUCAGGGCACCCGAUGCUGUGAUGGGUAACCGCUUUAUCAAACUUUGGUGGGCAAAUAGAGAUAGUAUUCCUGAUAAUGGCCUCUCCACUGGCAACGGUGCUUCUGUGAAUGGUCGCGUUAUGGCUGCUUCCGGAAGGCAGAACCAACUUGCUAUUGCUGCAGCAUCGAAAAGCAACCAUGUAACUUCUACUGCAAAGGGUCCUGCCUUCCGCGCCGGUGGAGCUCCAUCAUCAUCUGAACAGCCUAAGCCUGUGGGGGUCACAAGUGGUCCCAAGGUCACGCCGCUUCAGCAGAGAAAAGCAGACGAUCUUGAGCGGUUGAAGGAGACACUUCGGAAAAAGCAGGAAAUGCUGGAGCAAAAGCGUGAGGAGUUCCGCAAAAAGUUGGCGAAACUUGAAAAAGGUACGGUUGUCAAGGGCGAGGAAGCAGAUGAGCCAGAUGCCAAGCGCGUUAAAGUAGACACAGCCUCCAACUCCGAUGCUGCAACCUCGUCACCAAAAACAGUGUCAUCCACAGAUAAGAAGAAAGUGCCUAUCCAGAAACCACUUUAUUCUGCUAAAAUAAGCACUGAAACGCCAUCUCCCGAUCCCAAAAAACACUUAAAACAAAGACCUUAUCCGUUCACCACAAGUUUGAACACUCCUAUGGUGAAUAGGUAUAAGUUGGACAACCGCCCGACUACCAUCAAAGUUGUUCCUCCUUUGCCAACCGGGUUAGCUGAUGUUGCUGUCCUAAAGGAACAUUUUUCAUCUUAUGGCGAAGUCUCAAAAGUGGAACUCGAAGAGGAUGCAUCGACUGAUGGUGGCAAGGAUCAGGAUGAAACAGAUAAAGAAAACCGUAACCGUGCAGCUUGUAUCACAUUUGUGAAACGCAGCGCAGCCGAGAAAGCGUUUGCUAACGCAAAAUGCUGGCAAGAACACACGUUGCAGCUCAAGUGGGUAACACGUCAAAGCAACAGAGAGAAUAAUAGUAGCAGCAACAACAACAACAAUCAUCUCUCUGUUACUGGUGACCACCUUAGCAGCAAAAACAAGUGCACUGCUUCCGUCUCUAAUGACCCAAAACCAAAAGAUGAACAAGUCAAAGCCUCGUCUACAGAAGAACCAGGGAACACAAAUGUCUCUGGAGACGACAAGACGUUGGAUGAACGGGAGACCAAAGAAAGCGAUAACGGCAACAAUAAAAGUAACAGCGAGUCUGUCGAAGGAGCUUCUGAAGCGGUUGCAGUGUCCGAAGCUGAUGAAAAACAGAUAAAUGGUUAAGUUGGGUGAAGAAGAUUCAAGUCAGUGAGGUAAAUCUUGUCUGAGAAACAUAAAUCUUUAUUUGUUUGAAUCUGGCAUUAGUGAUCUUUUCACCGUUUUAGGCUUUUUAGCCAAUUCGUGAGGCGUUAAUAUUUGUUGGUAGCAAAAUAUAUCUAAAAGUUUUUUUCCCCUUUUUUGGAUAGUAGAAUGUGAAAAAGAGAGAAAAGAGAAGACAAGAAACAAGUGUAUUGUUACAUUUGGCCUUCCAAGAACAAUGGUUGGGUCUUUGGUUUUCAGUUAUUAGUUUCUAUAACAUUUUCAAGUUACUGUUGUA